GCCCCAUACCACAAUGAACAAUGAUAUUGCCUACACUGCUGGGACGAGCAGGAAAACCAGCAGCUGUAAAACAAACACACACUACUAAACCCCUGGCUAGAGCUGUCCCAAACACUGCUAUGUAUGGGGUGCCUGGUGAUGGGAAGCACUGUGGGAAACAAGAAAGUUUGCCAACAACAAGAGUGUUGGUGGGGCAGCUUGGGAACCUGCCUGAAUGGCACAAGCUUCCAUCAGAAGUGAACUGGAAGAACUGGUCACCAGAAGGGUUUGGUGAUGUGAGGAAGAUGCUACCACCCUGUGGACACUACAUGCAGCACUGUAUGCAUCAGCCCAGCUCUCUGUCUGCUUCCCGUGGGCCUUUGACCACAUCUGCUGGAUCUGUUCCCUCCAGGCCCGUGGUUACUUACGCCAGAAGAACAGUCUGCAAGGUCUCCCAUAAGAAACAGCUUUCGUUUUUCUCACUGCGCUCCUUUAUCAGCAUUUAGGGGAAAAAAAAGAUAUCUCAACGGCAUUUCCAUCUCACGUUGUCCCUGUGCCCUACUGAACUCCAAGUGUUACAGUGGAGCAAAGGGAGAAUGUGCAGCCUUUUGUGCAACAAAUCCAUCUCAUACAAAUCAGUAAUCAACUGCGUGGGGGGUUUCCUCUUGGGUAAUACAGGGGAUCUCUUUCAUCAGGCAAACAGAGGUAGUUUGGCCAUUUUGAUGGUGUUGUUUUUUUGAACUGGAAUUUUCCUUCCUCAGUGGUGUCACAGGAGUCUUUAAUCACAAAGCAUGUGAUUCCAAAAUCCACGAGGAGUUGGGGCUGAAGUAAAACCCACUGCUUGUACAGCUUGAGCCCUUCUCAGUCAUCUGGAAAGCAAACUUCAUUUUUGCAUGUCGCCAUGAAAUCCACACGUCUGUGUGUGCCAUAAGCAGACAGCAAACCCAGUCCUCUGCCCCAGCAAUGCCAUCUUUGUGAACUUUGAUGAUGAAGUGCCAACCAAACCCUUGGAUGCUGCUGCACAGGCCUGGAAGAAAGUGUGCACCAAUCCUGUGGAUAGGAAGGUGGAGGAAGAGCUGAGAAAAGAACACUGAAAGCAAAAAAAUUUAAGAAUCGCUGCAUGCAGAUGACACUUACCCAAACUGAUGUCCGUGGGAAGGAGGACUGCCUCUAUCUGAACAUCUGGAUCCCUCAAGGGAAGAGAGAAGUCUCCACCAACUUGCCAGUGAUGGUCUGGAUCUACGGUGGUGCCUUCCUUCUUGGAGGGGGUCAAGGAGCCAACUUCCUUGACAACUACCUCUAUGAUGGUGAGGAGAUCGCCGUGCGGGGCAAUGUGAUUGUGGUGACCCUCAACUAUCGUGUGGGGCCCCUGGGCUUCCUCAGCACUGGAGACCCAAACAUGCCAGGGAACUACGGGCUGAAGGAUCAGCACAUGGCUAUUGCCUGGGUGAAGAGGAAUAUCAAGGCCUUUGGAGGCGACCCAGACAACAUCACCAUCUUUGGGGAGUCAGCUGGUGCUGCCAGUGUCUCCCUGCAGAUAUUGUCCCCAAAGAACGCAGGUCUGUUCAAGAGAGCCAUCAGCCAAAGCGGUGUCAGUCUGUGCAGCUGGGUCAUCCAAAAGGACCCACUCACUUGGGCUAAAAAGGUUGGAGAGCAGGUGGGCUGCCCCACAGACAACACCACGGUCUUGGCCAACUGUCUCCGUGCCACUGACCCCAAAGCCCUGACACUGGCCCACCACGUGGAACUGAUCUCCCUGCCUGGUCCCCUGGUUCAUACACUCUCCAUCACUCCUGUUGUUGAUGGAGACUUCCUCCCUGACAUGCCAGAGAACCUCUUUGCCAAUGCUGCUGACAUCGACUACAUUGCUGGGGUCAACAACAUGGAUGGACAUUUCUUUGCUGGCUUUGAUUUACCUGCUAUCAACCGUCCACUUCAGAAAAUCACUGCGAGCGAUGUCUAUAACUUGGUCAAAGGACUAACUGCAGACAGGGGUGAGAGAGGAGCCAACUUGACGUACGAUCUCUACACAGAGUUGUGGGGUGACAACCCAGAGCAACAAGUCAUGAAGAGAACAGUGGUGGACCUGGCUACCGACUACAUUUUCCUGAUUCCCACACAGUGGACACUAAACCUGCACCACAAGAAUGCCCGGAGUGGCAAGACAUACAGCUACUUGUUCUCCCAGCCAUCUCGAAUGCCCAUCUAUCCAAGCUGGGUAGGGGCAGACCACGCUGAUGACUUGCAGUACGUGUUUGGGAAACCCUUUGCCACCCCUCUAGGCUACCUGCCCAAGCACAGGACAGUCUCAUCUGCCAUGAUUGCUUAUUGGACCAAUUUUGCCAGGACUGGUGACCCCAACAGUGGGAAUUCAGAGGUGCCCAUUACCUGGCCACCCUACACCACUGAGGGUGGUUACUACCUGGAAAUCAACAACAAAAUAAACUAUAAUUCAGUGAAACAGAAUCUGAGAACCCCAUACGUGAACUACUGGAAUUCAGUCUAUCUAAAUCUGCCACUGAUUGCCAGCACAUCCUAGACUGUGGAGCCGCUGAAAACCCAAGCAAAACCACCUUUUAAAGACAGGCCAAGUUCAUUAAAUGCUUGCUUGCAACUGAGGGA